CUAUGACGCCAUCCGCCUGCGACCGCGUGGGUUCCGAGGUUCCGCAGUCCCGCUUGAAGUCCCAGAGCGCCUUCCUGUAAGUCUGCUGCCUCUCACCUGGGAGCAAAGGGAAAAGCGGUGACAUGACGGACCGCUACACCAUUCACAGCCAGCUAGAGCAUCUGCAGUCCAAGUACAUCGGGACCGGCCACGCGGACACCACGAAGUGGGAAUGGCUGGUGAACCAGCACCGCGACUCCUACUGCUCCUACAUGGGCCACUUCGAUCUUCUCAACUACUUCGCCAUUGCCGAGAAUGAGAGCAAAGCGCGAGUUCGCUUCAACUUGAUGGAGAAGAUGCUGCAGCCUUGCGGCCCGCCAGCCGACAAGCCGGAGGAGAACUGAGACCCCGCGGUAUCACCGCUGUACAGCGUCCCGCAUGACCUGCCUUCCUGUGGACCCUGUUUUCCUGUGGAACACAGCGUUGGGAGACCGUCAGGACCCCUGAGAACUGUGAUUGGACCGUGGAGCAAACUUUAGAGAAGACGGCACUGGAGUGAGACGGAAUUUAGAGGCUCGUUUCCGGCUAGUUGAUUGUUGCUUCUUACAUAAAGUUUAGAAAUGUUUCAGUC